GUCCUUGGGAGGACUCCAGGAUGUCGAUGCUUCUGCUGGCCAGCAUUCUGUUGCUGAUCUUGCAAAGACUGGCAGGGUCCCACCUUAUGAUGGAUAUGGCUCUACAUUCCUUUGAUGACCAGUACCUGGGUUGCAGAGAGCAGAUGAUGGAAGAACUGGAGCGGGGAGACUAUUUCCAGAAGGAAAUAGCUGCUAAUAAGAACUAUUCGAGCCUCUGGAAGAAGGCUCAGGAAGCUUUGUUGAAGAGCUCUGUAGGUCUCCUGAGGGAGAUGCAUGACAGUCAUGCCACCGCCCUCAUGGCUUACACCAUGAAUUCUUCCCUGCACUCUCAGCUGAAUUGGGCCACAUCCACAGCAGGAAGGUCUCCAGAGCAAUACAGACACAACUUCAGCUUCAAAUAUUUUCACUUUUACCUAACGACAGCCAUCCAGAUAAUGAAGCAAUGGCAGAGCAGCAAGGACAACGUAGGGAAACGCCACUGCUACCGGGUGCACAGAGGUGUAAAGGACUUAUAUAUUAAGGCUACAGUUGGCAGCAUGGUGCGAUUUGGCCGUUUCACCUCCACCUCUCGCCUCUGGAAUGAAGCCCAGAAAUUUGGGAAUGAAACUUUGUUUACGGUGACAACCUGCCUGGGAGCAGCUAUGCAAGGCUUUUCUUACUACACGUCUGAGAAGGAAGUCCUCAUUCCCCCUUAUGAGAUAUUCCUUGUCAAAAACUUCUUUCGGACACGGUGUGGUAACCGGCUGCACCUGCAUUCUGUGGGGAACUACAGCAAGUACCACUGCCAGCUCUUGGAAGCUUCAAGAAUCAAGAACGGUGGUUCUCCUGCCUCUGCCGCCAUCAUUCUUCCUAGUGUAAUUGGUGUUUUCUUGUGCUUGGCCAAGCAAUGACCGAUUCUCUGGCUACAUCCAGAUAUAUACACUUGAAUAACAGGCAAGAAAAAAACCAGCUGGACGAACUGCUUGGCUUUCUGAGCAGCUCCAUGAAAGCUUGGUGCUGCCAUUCCAUUGGAAAUCCAAUGUCAAGAAAUGCAGAACUUUAGGCACCUGAGAAACGCUAGCAUUGGAAAUGAGGGCACGUAAGGAAUGUGAGUGUCCUUGUUUUUUGAGAAGACUGAAAUGAGUUGUCUGACACUCAGUAUUUCUGACAUCAGAUAUAGAUGCAUGCAAUGGCAGAGACCAUCAUGUAAUUAUUUAAAUGUAGUAUCGUGUUCUAUCAGACUGAACAGCUUCUGCUACAGAAAUCCUGAAAUGUGUUUGCCUGUGCAGUUUGAACAGAUUAAAUGCUGAACUAUUUUACGAUUAGCUUGUUCUGUAUGUAUAUUUCACACCAUAGUUUUGUUUCUUUUGCUCUACCAUUCAUUUCAAAUAAUUGAUUGACAGAACUUUAUUAUUUUUCCUAAAUGCUCAGACACACUAAGUACAGAUUUCAAACUGGGAAGAUUAGAAACAGCUGUCACAGGUAUGUCUUGAAUGUGUGUGUUCAAGCUUGCUCGAACUCCUUCCUAUGUGAGAAUUAAAGGAAGCAAGGUGGACUUCUAGCACGUUGGCACAUUUAUGUCUCUUGCAACUUUUCUGUUAUUGCUGGGAUGCAUUCUUCAAUCAUUUUAACAAAGAUUUGGAAUGCUUCACACGGCGGCCUCAGUACCCUGAAAGCCUCCUCUAAGCUGUCAGCUGCUACUUUCAGGCUUUUCUUUAUGGAUCUGUGUCCUCGGAGUAGGGUCUGUAUGAAAGCAAAAAGUGAAGAGUUGGAGGAUAUAGAACGAAGCUUGAGCUGUUGUGAUGUUUCACCUGAGGAGGAGCCGUCUUCUGUGGUACUCGGUGUCCCGUUCUGUUGCAGCAUCUUAAUGAUAUCAGCAUAGUCCAUGAGAAGUUCUGAUACGUGGAGGGACAAAGCAGGUGAACUCAGUAACUGCUCCAUAGCAGACUCAACAGUGCCAGGGAAAUUAUCGUGUCUUAACAACACUGCAACGAGUGCGCCCAAGAUACUUCCUAUAAUCCCCUUAUAAUUCUCAUAGAUAUCUUUCACUGCAGCCAUUUUUUCCUGUAGAGAGAUGAUAGGACCGGUAAUUUUAGCAUACAACCUUUGCUUCAUGCUUUCCUGUACAUCUUUGUCUUUUGUUUCCAUUGUGGCUUGCAUCUCUUUUAAAGCAUUGACCAGGAGCUGCAGGUUCUCUUUAAUGCUGAAGUUUUCUUUUACUGUCAUGAUGGGGAAGUUGGUGCCAAGAUGGUGAUUAAGGAUCCGGAAUAUUGUGUUGGUUGCAGAGACAUAAAUGUACACUAAUUCAUACAGGUUCUGGCAGGCCUUCAGCAGCCUUUCUUUGUCACUGCUUAAACCGAGGCGGGCUAACAUUUCUGAAGGAGGUGUCUGGCUCUGAAAAGCAAACAGAGGAAAUCCAGAUGACACAGAGGGAGAAAUACAGAUAUUUUCAGCUAGAAUGUCACAUUUCCGAAACGAAUAUUACAAAUCAUUGAACCACCUUACUCUCCCCACAAGACCCCAGUGUUAGAAAAAAACACAGAAAAAGCUCUUAGUCAGCCUUUACAGUGGUCUUACCAAACUGGUCAGCAAAAUAUGGUGUCAGAAGCUGCAGGUAUGGUUAUUCUUAUGGAUGCAGGAGUUAUGGAUCUGACCGUCAGCAUGUCAUCUGAAAAGCAAUAGUAGAGGUGCAGAUGGGUUAUUUUCACCUUUGAUAUUUAUUGGUAAAGUUGUCUAAGUCCUCUCAAACAAUCUACACUACAUCAUCCUUAGAACUAUAAUCCUUCAGUUUGCAUAUAGUAGUGGGUAUACAUAAAAUUAAACAUAUUACGGAAGUCUUCACAUGUCCUACAUGUUGGGCUUUUUUUAUUGUUCUGAGAACAGUAAGUUAUAGCAUCCCCUUUCAGCAAUGGCCAUAGAUACUUCUGCCAUAGGCAGAUGGAUUCAUGCUGUCUUUAUUCUCUUCAGGAACAAAAGGCC